AUGAAGGUGCGCAGUCAGGACUGGUGGGAGCGGGUUGUAAUGAUGGAGUUCACGGACACGGAUUGGCGUGAGAAUUUUUGUAUGUCACGUCAAUCUUUUGCUAAACUUUGUGGUAUGAUGGAAAGAGUGAUGGAGCCCAGUGUAGUAACCAUCCGCACACCAGUGCCUACAGAAAUGCGCGUUGCCAUGGUGCUGUAUAAACUAGCAAGCUGUGCAGAGUGUCGUUUGAUAGCAAACCAAUUUGGAGUGCACAAGAGCACCGUGAAGAAGAUGGUGUACCUAUUCUGCCACAGAAUGGUCGACUCAAGUCAUCAAAGCACUGAUCCGGGUUGUGUGGAUGGGAGCCACAUCCCUUGCAUGCCUCCAAGUGAUGGCUACAGAAACUUCAUGAACAGGAAGAGAUGGCCAUCCUAUGUCCUCCAGGGAGUCUGUGAUGACAAAUACUGUUUUUGGAGUGUGAGCUGCAACAUGCCUGGUUCAGCACAUGACGCCAAUGCACUCCGCCAGUCCAAUCUGAUCAACAAUGCACAAUCCUUCCCAAAGAGAGCAGUGCAGAUCGAGGGGCAGGAUGUGGAUUUCUUCCCGCUGGGAGAUCCUGCUUAUCCACUGAUGCCCUGGCUAAUGAAGGGCUAUCUGCAGUCCCCAAGACUGACACCACAAGAGGAAAGCUUCGACGUCUAUUUGAGUUCUGCUAGAACAAGUAUAGAGAUAGCAUUUGGUCGACUGAAAUCUCGUUUCCGUGUUCUGUUGAAGCGCAGUGACUUCCAUUUCACUUUCACACCAUACGUGGUAGCAACCUGUUGUGCUCUACACAACUUUUGUGAGAUGGAGAAGGAGCAUGUUAAUCCCAGUUGGGCAGAGGAGGCCACAUCAGUAGAAAGGCUGUUUCCACAGCCUGUGUCACAGGUCAAUAGGGCUGAUAACAGUGCACCCUCAGCUAUCAGACGGGCCUUAACAGAUUACCUUGCUGCACGUGUCCCACUCCGUAAGCGCUUAGUAAAAGCGUGA